AUGUUGAAACUUGACACAGGAAACGCCGCUGUGACAGGGAUUGGAACAAGAAGGACGCGAAAUGUUCACAAUGUGUCAGGUCCGGGAUUCCUGGGGAACAAGCCUUAUAAAGCUGCUGUGGACGUCGCUGGGAUUCCGCCCAACAUUAUCAACUACGCUUCCCACGAAACACCCCCAGUCGGGGCCGGCAACCAACGUGGUCACUAUGAUCAAGGACAAGGCUCUGAACCAUCCUCCGUGCAUGCUUUGCCAUUGAGCACCGGCAUGUCCUGUGGCAUCCACCUUGCGAAAGGCUACUUCCCAGGCAUCUUCGAUGAACAACAAUUCAUGCGACGCUCGAUGUUCUCGAGGGACCUGAACUCCGACGAGUACUUUAGUUUGAUGUUGUAUCGGGUCUUCCGUUUUAGCGCUAGCAAAAGCGCAGCAGAGUCUGGCAAGCUCCAGCGCGAAGCUAUGCGGGCCUAUUCCGAAGAGCUCGAGGAGCCUAGUAUAGCCACCAUCAUGGCUACCCUCCUCCUUUCAUCGUUGCUAUCGAAGCCGAAACCACAACUGGCCGAAGACCUGCUGAGAUCCCUCUUCAAUUUCAUAUCCAUGUGUUACACCGCUGACUAUAUCGUAGGGCUUGACUCACACAGGGAGCGUAACCUCCUUCAGAAUGUAUCGCUAAACAAGAUUAGCAAGCUUUUGGAGAAAGUUCAUGCUAUUGCGGAGGAGGUAGGGUUUAGGUUGCGCGGGCACUGCGAUCACGGUGACGACCAGCUCUCGCUGACUACGUCGCAAGCGCGUGGGAAAGGGGAAGAAUCGGUCAUUACCCACACGCCCCCGCAGAGGGGUGCUAACAUCAACAUUGUGCCAUCGGAGCAAUUUGCCGAUUUGCCUAGGAUCACCGGCCGAAGCAUCGACGACAGUCCGGAAGGAGAUGGCCAUCAAGCAAAUUCGUCGACACCUGUACUUCUUGGUUCACACCCUCCGCAGGACGUUCAUCUAAUCAUCGAGACCUUGAGACCAUUCCUACGGCACUACGGAUACGAGCUCGUUCACGGGUAA